UAUGAUGUGUGCAUAAAUUUAUCUUAAUAGACUUAAAUGUCCAAAAAAAAAAAUCAGCCUAGAUCUCAUUUAUAAGUUUUUCAACAUAUACCAGCCUGCUCUAUCUCUGGCUGAAACCUAAUGGCAGCCACUGCGGCGGUGCUUCGCCCGCUACAUCGCCAUCUCACGCAAGUUUUAGCUUCACAACAGGAAGGAAUCCUUCCAUACCCACUUGGCCUGGAGAUUAAGCCACUUCCUUCCUCAGGAAGAAGACGAUGCCUUUGGGCGAAGCAAGUGCCCAUGGCCGGAGCUUCAGAAGCUUCUCCUGGAACUGGAGUAUACAAGACUACGGAAGACAUCAAAGCAGAGCUUUACCUGGCAUUGCAAGGUACUAAUAGAGGAGUAUUUGGACUGACAUCUACGAAGAAAUUAAAGAUAGAGACGCUGGUGGAGCAGCUGGAGUCGAGGACUCCUACACCAAAUCCAACUGAUCACCUGCAGUCUAAGGUGGAUGGAUGUUGGAAGCUCAUCUAUAGUACUAUUACGAUACUUGGAUCUAAGAGAACAAAGCUUGGCUUACGUGACUUCAUCAGCCUAGGAGAUCUCUAUCAGACAAUAGAUGUAGCAAAGGGGAGAGCCAUUAAUGUGAUCAAUUUCAAUGCAAAGGGCCUAAAGCUGCUCACAGGACAACUAACUAUUGAGGCAUCAUAUACGAUAGCAUCAAAAACAAGGGUCAACAUCAAACUUGAAAAUUCAAUCAUCACGCCUGAUCAGUUAAUGAAUUUGUUCCAGAAGAACUACGACCUUUUGAUUGAAAUCUUCAAUCCUGCAGGCUGGCUUGAUAUAACAUACAUUGAUGAUUCUCUGAGGAUUGGAAGGGAUGACAAAGGCACCAUCUUUGUUUUAGAGAGAGUUGCACAAGAGUCUGUCUAAAAUUUAUUUAGUAUCAAAAUAUGCCAAGUAGCACAAAUUUUACAGGGAAAAAGACCUAUCAAUUUGCAUGUUAUUCAUGACAAAAUAAUUUCAGAUUAUAUUUCACUACCCAUAUUUUUAUUGAUA